GCAUAAUUAGCGGUAGCGGUAGUCAGUCACGACAAGAUAGGUAGAGGGGAUUUUUUCACGUACUCACUUUCCCUUUCCUUUCGUUUAGAUAAUUAUUCAAACCGACUUUAUAACAAUACUUAGUUCAGUGUUCCUCCUCAGUUGUUGCCCGUUCAUUGCCGGGUAGCUUUGUGCAGUUUCAUCUGUAAAAAGUGGUCAAGUGUUUCAUCAAAUUAGUGAACUGGACUAUUGAGGUACAUUCUGUCUUAAUAUUUAAGUUUUAUUUUGAAAUUUGUACUUUAUAAACGUAGCCUACAACCAGAAAUAAUGAGUAAAAUCAAAGCAGGCCCAGUUGUUGACAUUUUAGGAGAUGAAAUGACUAGAAUAAUUUGGGAUAUAAUCAAAGAAAAGUUAAUUCUCCCUUUCCUUGAUAUUGAAUUACAUGUUUACGAUCUUGGAAUCGAAAAUCGUGAUAAGACAAAUGAUCAGGUUACAGUUGACUGUGCUGAAGCCGUCAAAAAGUACAAUGUAGGCAUUAAAUGUGCCACAAUUACCCCUGAUGAAAAACGAGUAGAGGAGUUUAAGUUGAAACAGAUGUGGAAGUCUCCCAAUGGAACAAUUCGUAAUAUUUUGGGUGGUACAGUGUUCAGAGAAGCAAUUAUCUGUAAAAAUAUCCCAAGAUUAGUUACGUGCUGGGAAAAACCCAUCAUAAUUGGAAGGCAUGCCCAUGCUGAUCAGUAUAAGGCAACAGAUUUUGUUGUCCCUGGUCCAGGUAAACUGACUCUUACUUGGACACCUUCAGCGGGUGGCAAACCACUUGAACACAUUGUUCAUGAAUACAAGGGACCUGGAGUGGCUUUAGGAAUGUUCAAUACUGAUGCCUCUAUUAUUGACUUUGCUCACUCAUCAUUCAAGUUUGCUCUAGACAGGGGAUAUCCUCUGUACCUAAGUACCAAGAACACCAUUCUUAAAAAAUAUGAUGGCAGAUUUAAGGAUAUAUUCCAAGAGAUUUAUGAUAAAGAGUAUAAAUCAAAAUUUGAAGCUAAAAAACUUUGGUACGAGCACCGUUUGAUCGAUGACAUGGUUGCUUAUGCAAUGAAAUCUGAAGGAGGAUUUGUGUGGUCAUGUAAGAACUAUGAUGGUGAUGUUCAGUCUGAUUCAGUGGCUCAGGGAUAUGGAUCACUCGGUCUGAUGACCUCAGUUCUCAUAUGCCCAGAUGGAAAAACCGUGGAAGCAGAAGCGGCUCAUGGCACUGUAACGAGGCACUAUCGCAUGUAUCAGCAGGGGAAAGAAACUUCUACAAAUCCCAUCGCAUCUAUCUUUGCUUGGACAAGAGGACUAAUGCACCGAGCUAAACUUGACAACAACACUGCUCUGAAUGAUUUUGCGGAAAAACUAGAAGCUGUCUGCAUUGAAACUAUUGAGUCUGGAUUUAUGACAAAGGAUCUUGCAAUAUGUAUAAAGGGGAAUGAAUAAUGUGAAGCGCUCCGAUUAUCUUGAAACAUUCGAGUUCAUGGACAAGCUCGCAGAAAAUCUGAAGAAAAAACUUGGUGUAUGACUACAGAAGCAAGUGAGCUCUUCUAAACUGUAAAUUUGAAGAGAUAUUUGGUAAGAUUUAUUACACAAUUUAAUCUAGGCAAUUUUUCUUUGUUACCUUACAGAGGCAUAAUAUAUUAUGGCACAUUAAAUAUCUUGAGGUUAAUAUCAGUUAUAUUUCAGUUGCAACCGAUUGAAAAGCACAAAAAUAACUUGAUUGAUUGCCAAGAUUUACUUUCUAUUAUUUUAAACUGGUAGUUAUGUGCUAAUUUGAAUUUACAUAAUUUUUAAUCUUGUACUGUUUUAAUUAGAAUUUGUUUUGCAAUAUACUUGUUUUAUUAUUUAUUGAAAACUGAUAAAUUACUAAUUUAGCAUGUUGAAAACUGUUAAUAUAUUUAAGAGCUGAAGCCUUUAAUUAAAAGACUGAUCACUGGUGUGCCAGUUUAAAAUACCUAUAGUCUGACAGUAAAUUAUGCAUUUCAGUAUAGAAACAACUACUUAUCAGUUCAACUGAUAAAUUUUUGUAUUUAGUGAUUACCAAAAAACGUCAUUUUUAAAUACCAAAGCUGUUCCAUAUGUAUGGUAAUGUUCUUUAUUUGAACCAUUGUACAUUUUAUUUAAACCUUGUUUCAUAUUAAUAUGUUUAUUGUCAAUCAGCUUUACCAAAAAGUAUUGUCUAUCAAAUCAUAUACUGCAAUUAAAAUUUGUUGUGAAGUAAUAAAGUUAACUUUGAUUUUGUGA